CAGAGGCUCGGUGUCACGGCUUCACUCAACGUAUCAGCCCGGCUCCUUGUUCCUCUGACUUUCCAUUUUUGAAAUCUCUUGAAGCGUCUGAAGCGUGCAGAAGGCGUCAGAAAUGACCUGAAAAAGCGGCAGGUGGACGCGAGUGAAGUUUAUUUCCCCUUCUGCUCAAGCUAAAUCGGUUUAUUGACUGAUAUUUGGAAGUCUAUCCCGGGCUUUGAGCAUCAGAGUGUGCUGACUGGAAAACUACUCAAGGUGUUACCAAUGGAGCCCCGACUGACAGAUAGCCUCAGCGUUGUGUUCAUCUUGAGCAUCCUCCUCUCCACAGGUUCAAGUGAAAGUGAUCGGGACUUGAAAUUUUGUGGCAUCUGGCGCCACGGCAAGAACCUCCUGAGCCUGAGCGUCAACCUCUCCACAGGCUGUGAGGAGAUCUUGAUCUCGGCCAAUACGAGCUCUCUGUCCAUCGACGGGAAGAUCACAGGCGAGUGUCAGCAGUCUGAUGUGAUUCCCCUACACCAGUUUGGACUUGAUUCAGAGGAGGAGAUUAAAUUCUGUCUGCACUGGGAACCACUGCUGGACCAUUUCAGGCUGCAGCUCGGAGAAACUACCCUCAAUCUGUGCAAGCCUUCCAGCCUGCAGCCCCGCUGCUGCACUUAUCUGUCCGACAGCUCCAGUGAACCCGAAGCUCCAUUUGGCAUCAUCAACGGGACGGUCAGAACAGAUUUCAUCACCAACAAAACGCGCAGUGCCUACAAGUUCAAAGGGGAACGCAAGGACUGCAAAGAGUUAUGUGCAGAAGAGAUCAACGGACACACCCAAGCCAGCAUGAUCAAAGAACAUCCCUAUACUCACAGCAUUGAGGUGGAGAUGAAGGAGGAUUUCAGAGGCUCCAAUGUCACAUCACCUGUCACUAUAGGUACAUCUGAAGAGCCCACCAUCACUGUCUAUAUCCCCCCUGCUCUCAAAGAAGCUGCAAAAUGGACGAACAAAGUCAACUGCACAUUCUUCGAAAACAUCUCCCUGUUUCAGGGGGGUCAAAAGAAAAACAUGAUUCUCAGUAGUGUGGUGGAAAUCACCAUGAAGAACGAGGUCAUCGUUGAUCUGUCUGAGCCAAUCAAGAUCGGCUUUCACCAUGAUCCCAUACCUAAAAAGCAUUCACGGAGGUGCGUUUCAUGGGACACCAGGAAAGAUCCGUAUCAGGUCAACUGGUUGGUGGAUGGAUGUGUGACACAACAGAAAGGAGAGGAACACACCGAGUGCUUCUGUAACCACCUGACUUACUUCACUGUACUGGUGCAAAUGGAGCCUCGACCAGUGCGCCACCUCCUGGCGCUGACCGUCAUUACAUCUGUGGGCUGCAUUGUGUCUGCGAUCAGCUGCGUUGCUCUCAUCAUUUUUCUCUACAGGAAGAGACGAUCUCAGGAGCAGUCCAUACCCAUCCACCUGGGCUUAGCUGUGUCUCUCCUUCUCCUCAGUCUGCUUUUCUUCUUCACUGGGAUCCUGGCCAACAUGGGAGUGGAAGGUUUGUGCACCUGGGUGGGGGCAGGCCUCCACUACGCCCUGCUCAGCUCCUUCAGUUGGAUGGGCAUAGAAGUGUUCCACACCUUCUGGUUGGUGUACAUGGUUUUCAGCCCCCUACCCAAAGGCAUAUGGAAACUAUGGAGCCUGGUUGGCUUUGGUCUCCCUGCUGUUCCCGUUAUCAUCCUGGCUGCAGUAGGUAACAUUUACGGACUGAGAGAGGUGGUGCCAAGCGAUGACGUCUCCAACCCUUAUCUAAUGUGCUGGAUGACAGUCACCUACAAGGCCUUGCUCGCUCACUAUUUCACCACCAUGACGAUCCUGGUCAUCCUGGUGUCCUCUGGCAUUGUGAUGCUCUUCCUGGUCUAUAGGAAGAUCCACACCAGGGAUGAAUGGAGGCAGAGCCGUGUGGCUUUUCUCAGUAUCUGGGGCCUCAGCUGCCUCUUUGGAACAACGUGGGGUCUGACCUUCCUGGACUUUGGACCCCUCUCUGACUUCGUUCUCUUCCUCUCCUGCAUCCUCAACUCUUUUCAAGGCUUCCUUCUAAUGCUGCGGUUCUACAUGCUGGAGUGGAUACGGAAACAGGCGGGUGGCUCUGCUCUUGGCAGCAACAGCACCGGGUCUACCAGGCAACAAAUGCUACAGGCUCAGGAGAAGAGUUAAAGGGAAUAAAAAAAAAGGUUUAGUAUAUAAAAAAAGAGGGAAAAGCGGCAGCUGUCAAGUCUUCUCCUCAACCCAAAUGAUAUAAAGAGAACUCAGACUGAGACAUUGUAGAAACCUGAGCACAACUGAAGAGUGAAUUUCAAAGUGACCCCACAAGCAGUGAGGAAACAUCCUACACCUAUCAUUCAUCUGGUGUCCCUUGACAUUAAACAUCACAGGCACACUGAGAGCAAUUCACAGACAUCACCUUAUAUAAUUUCCCAAAGCUUACCUUCAGUCACUUGGAGGUAAGGAUGGUCAGUCAGACGUAGGUACUGGACUCUAGCACCAGCAGCAUUAAUGCCAGUUCACAAGUUAAAUGGGCUUAAAUCAGUCACUCUCAGAUUGUGUUCAUUAGUCAUCUAAUAAGGUGAAGCAAAAUAGCAAAAUUUGUUCAUAUGCAUUUUGGAAAAUAAUCAUUUUUGUUUAAAGCUACUAUACACAACGUCUAGAAAUCAAGCUAGCUCUAGCAUGAAACUCUGCCAACGCAGGAAUCGGGAGCUUGUUGGCCUGUGAUUCAGCUGUAGCAACGUCCUCCGGCAGCUAUUACUAUGGCUGGAAGCCUCAGUGUGAGAGGAGUAGUAGACCCGGAGGGUGGCCACAAAUUGAUUGACAGCCGUGAGCUCCCACCGCUAAUUUUAGCUUUCUCUGACUGUUCAGAAACUUGCUCAAAGACUCUAGACAGGGAAUAUCUCAGCACUUCUCCACCUUAACAUAUGUUCUGGAGCAUAUUUCAACUAAAAAUAUUAGGAAAAAAAGUUGGACAUUAGCUUUAAUUUUAGCUACAUAUGGCUCUCACAGUAACACAGCAAAUGGAUGGAGAUUAGCUAAAUAUAAUUAUAACCUUGCUGGAAGUAUUUUAAUCCACAUGACAGUCUCAAAACAGGUUGUUUCAUUACUUGAUUCUUCUUCUCUGGGGCAGUGGAGAAGAAAUCACUCAGGAAUUAUUAAUACAGACCUGGAGUCUGUAUUUGUAAAAUACCUAGACUGGCUCUAGUAAAAAAAAAAAGGAGAAUUUAUUUGAGAUUUGGGAAUUGAAAUGAUUGCAGGUUACUGUGCUGUGAUUAUAUUGUCUGUAAAGAAAAACUGUAUAUUAUUACUUAUUAUUAUUGAAGCUCUUGUUGACCCUUAGAUAAGCUUUUUAUUUUAUUUUAUUUUUUUUUGUUUUGUUUACGCUUUUGUUUCAUAGCAACGUCUUUUAAAGUAGCACUUUAGAUUUUCAGUCUUUAAUAAAUGUACUUAGAGAACCUCAGUGAAUUGUCUUUUCUAUUGAUCUGAUAAUAGAAGACAUUUCAUAUACACUAUGUAUGUGUAUCUACUGUAGAUUGACUCCAUAUUUUCUCUGGACUGUAUUGAGAUCUUCUGGCAGAGUUUUCAAAAUGGACCAAAUGCAUUUAAAUUGAGUCUUACUUCAAAUUAUUUUUGGCUGGCACAAUGUUUUGUUUUGUUAUUUCAAUUUAAAAUAGGCCGCGAUGGACUUUUUAGAUACUGUGACGUUUGCACUGUUUUAUUUUGUAAAGAGAAAUUUUAUUUCACGUGAAUUAUUGUGUAUAUUUGAGUUUUUCUUUAU